AUGGGAGUAUUAAUUGGCAUUGUUGGCUUGUCACUGCUGGUAAUCAGCACAUCUUUGGCCCACGGGCCGCCCACGCUAUCGGGUGGCUGCCCCUACGCGCAUUCGGCAGCUUUAGAUGCGGCAGAGGCAUUCAGCAAACAGAAGAGACACAGUCCGAGCUACGAAGUGCGACCCGCUGUUAUAAACGAACGCAAUCUGGAUGCGCUGAUAAAGACUUUCUUGCCCAAAUACACCAGCAGCAGCAUGGGCCAGAGCAGCUGGUCGGACAACAAGCCCGCCACGCAGCCCAUUCGAUGCGGCAUUGCACCCAGCAAUUGUCUGAACAAUACCCAGAACUUGUAUUAUCGCAGUGCCGAUGGCUCCUGCAACAAUUUGCUCUAUCCGGACUUUGGCAUUGCUUCAGCCAGAUACCGUCGUCUGCUGCGUCCAAGCUACAUGGGUCAAGGUUACACAGUGCCCAAUGCUCGCCUUAUCUCGCUCUCAAUGUAUGGUGAGAAGACCUAUAUGGAUAAAUUCCGUACUGUGGCCUCGAUGCAGUUUGGCCAGUUUGUCUCCCACGACAUUAGUUUGCUGACUACGCAGGGCGCUCCAAGGGAUUGCUGCGAGAAACCGAAUCAUCCACUGUGCCAGCCCAUUACUCUAGCUGCCGGUGGCCCCAUUGCCUAUAAUACUGGCAAGACUUGCCUGCACUUUGCACGCAGUAUAUCCGAUGCUGAUGCCAUCUGCCCCAAGAGCAAUCUGCCGCACAGUGAGAAGCUGUCUGUGGUCACGGCCUACCUGGACUUAUCCUCUGUGUAUGGCAGUACGGCUGAGGAGGCCCGCAAUGCGCGUACCUUCAAGGCAGGACAGCUGCGCACCAGCUUUGCCAAUGGCCAGCAGUGGAUGCCGGUGAGCCUUAAUGAGGACGGUCAAUGUGGUCAGAACAACGAGUGCUACAGUCUGCCAGACAGACGUAAUCGCUUCACGCCCACCGUAGCUGUAGUGCACACAAUCUUUCUACGCGAGCACAAUCGUCUGGCCGAGCAGCUGGCGCUAUUGAAUCCACACUACAACGAUGAGCGCUUGUAUCAGGAAGCGAGAAAGAUCAAUAUUGCACAAUAUCAGCGCAUUACAUACUACGAAUGGUUGGGCGUAGUGCUGGGCAGCAACAAUAUGCACCUCAAUGGACUCACCUAUGCCUACUCGGAUGACAAUACGGAAUAUGUGAACGAUUACGAUGAGGGUGUUAAUGCUGGUCCAUAUGCCGAGUUCGCUUCUGCCGCCUUCCGCUAUGCCCAUCAUCAUAUUCCCGGCUGGUUCUCCUUGGUGGCGCCCAAUCGCUACUCAAACCAAACGUUGCGUCUUAGCGACUUUUUCGAGAAUCCCGAAACCAUUCGUCUGCUGCAAAGCAACUACAACUUUGCCGAUCUCGUGCGUGGCAUGGCCACACAGCUUCAAAAGCGCACAGAUGGGCAUAUCGAUCGUGAGAUUAAGCAUUACUUCAAUCGUAAGAUCUUUGAGGACUUUGGCUCUGAUCUCAAGGCAAUUGAUAUUCAGCGUGCUCGUGACUUUGGUCUUGCUUCCUACAAUGAUGCACGUGAGCUUUGCGGCCUGCGCCGUGCCCAGCUCUGGGAGGAUCUGGAACGCGAAGUGCCCAAGGAUAAAAUCUCCAUGCUGCGCAAACUUUAUGUCAGCCCAGAGGAAGUUGAGCUCAGCGUAGGCGGCACUGUUGAGUUCCAUGUACCCGACUCGAUCUUUGGACCCACAUUGCAUUGCAUUAUAAGCAAACAGUUCCUCAACUUGCGUCGUGGUGAUCGCUUCUUUUUUGAGCGUGAGAAUCAUCUGAGCGGCUUUUCACGUGGUCAACUCGCAGAGAUUCGCAAGACUAGUCUGGCUGGUUUGUUCUGCAACAAUGUGCAAGGCUUGCAUGACAUUCAACCUAAUGUGUUCAUCUUCCCCAACUCACGCAAUACGCUGCUGAGCUGCCAUGAAAUACCUCAGACUGAUCUUACCAAAUGGCAGGACUUGAGUCCUCAAUUGAUUAACUAA